AGGGAAUUGGUUUCUACGCACACAGCUUCAACAUUGGCUGCUGUUGUGUGGCUCAUCUCAGUUUCUCAUCAAAAGCAACCAUUUUAGAAUGAUUGAUAAUUUCUAUGCUUAGUUUUUUGUCUUCUUUCCACACACACUGGCACACCUUUUCCUGCUCAUCUUCUUCACUUCCAUCCAUGAAGAUCACCACCUUCUUCUUCUGACUCCAUAUUCUUCAUUCACAAUUCAAGAUUCUUCAUCCAAAUCUGCUGAUUUGUAUGCAGACUUUGUGAACCCACUUCAGAUGCCAAAAGAUGAGCUUUUAAGCCAUACCCAUUUGUUCUUUGUUCAAAAAGAUGUUAAUUUGACCAUUCUUUCUCUAUGUAGAUGCCAAAAGAUGAGCUUUUAAAGCAUACCCAUUUGAUAUUAGUUCAAAAAGGUGUGAUUUUGAUGAAUUUGGUGUCCAAUUUGUACCCUUUCGGUGAUCAAGAAUUUGGGGGAUCAUCAAUUGGAGCUUAUGGCUGCUGGUGAUCAAGAUUUUGCUGUAUAUUUUCAUAUGCUGUGUGUUUUGAUGAGCAAUUAGUUGGUGAUAAAGUGAUAGGGAUUAGGACGGAUCAAAUUUUGAUUUAUACAAUGUUGUCUGAUAAUAAUUCAUGUGGGUCAAAGCUGCUUCUAGCUUUACCAGAUGAUAUAUUCGCGGUUGUCACUCGAUCUCUCAAGCCGAAAGACGUAUUUAACCUCUCCUUAUGUUGCCGGAGUCUUUAUGUUCACGCGGGUUCUGAUAAGGUAUGGUUAACACAAUGUGAAUUACUAGGAGUGAUUCCACAUAAGGAUCUUAUCGAGUGGCGAAAAGGGGUUAAUUCCUAUAAAGCCCUUUGUCGGUUUCUUGUUUACGUUCAGCCAUUAAUCGGGAUUUGGGUCCACCAAAAUCCCGAACUAGGCAAUGUAGUUUACGUCAUGCCUGGUUUCAUUUCACUUGUUGGAUGUCGAAUCAUCCCACAAGAACUCGGGCCUUUAGGAAUUGACGAAGGCCCAAUUCUGUGGUCACCCGUGUUUGAAAUCCUAGGUAACGUUGAUGGAUCGUCGGCUUUUAUAUUUCAUGGAAGAGAGCGCGGUAAUAACUAUAUGUAUCCAGGUUCCAUUAAAGGUAUAGACCGAAACUGCAAUGUGUUGUUACUUGAAGUGGAACCAAGACAACAAAAAGAUGGGGGUAAAUUGGUCCAUAGCAAAAGUUUUGCCGGCAAUCCGAAUCCUGUGGAUAAAGAGUUUUCGAGAAAGAUUUGUCCGUCAGAUCGCGGGCUUUCGAUGUCACAAAGAAUUCAGGGUUCUAAACCAUCUGUCCCGUUCAGUCGUUUGGCUUUUGUUGACCGAAAGAAACUUCUUGAGGUUGUUACUAGCCAAAUUCGCGUUAAAGUAUCGCAGUCGGGAGACGGGUUGUGUUUUCCUUGCUUGGAAACCGAGGAUUUUAAUAAGUUAAGUGAAAGGCACGUACGCCUUAUGCAACUGUAUGAUAACGGGUUGAGUGCCGAUCCUACCCAAUCAGAUUUGGGUGAAAUUAGAAAGCUUUUCGAUAAUUCUCAGCUUCAUAGAGACGCCUAUAGAUCACAAGGUUCGAAAAAGAAAUCGCUUGUUGGGUAUUUUAGGGAUAGCUUCAAAAGUAUUAUAGGGAAAUCAAGCCUUGAACAUACAAAACACUCUUCAAGUGGUGGAAGCAAUAAGCAUGCACAGUUUCAAGAUUUUUUGCGGUCUGGAGAUACGAUAGGAUUAACGUUGCACGCUUCAACCGCAAGGUUAUCUUCUUAUAGAGCGUGGCCGAAUAUGCACGAAAGUCGAUUUGCUUUAUACAAGUUAGCCGAACAGGAACCGUUGACCGGUCAAGAACACGCGGGUUUAUGGGCCGGAACUUUCGGUUGGCCACCCGGGAAACCUUCUGCCGACAAACCAGGAAAAGCUUUGUUCUUUUUGUUGUUGUCGUACGUAGAAUCUCAAGGUGAACGCCAUCUCAUUGGAACCAAAAUCUUGGAAGGGACCCACUAUGUGUUGCACCCGAAUGGAUCUGCGAUGUUUGUCGUAAAUAUCAACGAGCCGUCGGAUGAAUCAUUCCCAUGGGCUUGUGAUGGUGAUUCCGAUGUUCUUGAUUUGAAAGAGGUGUUUAGUGGUGAAGGUAUCGCAAAUGGGUAUGGGUUUAGGUAUCCGGGUUCUAAACCGGGCUCGUUGUUUGUGUUUGAAGACGGGAUGCUUGUUUUCACAUGGAAGGAAUCGAGAGCUGCGUUGACUUUGCAGAGGGUCAACUUGCAAGAUCUUUUGAAGAAAGGUGAAAGGGUACCUCCUCUUCCACCUAUCGCUAACUUUGCGUAUUUGACCAAGUCAUAUUCGAAUGUGUAUGCGGGGUUCUCGAACGCCUUGCAUCCCACAUCUUCACCUAGGACGGAUCGUUCAUAAGACUGAUAGUACCAAACUGCCAAUGAACCAAGUGGACCGAUCUCACGAUUAUGGGGCUUCUUCGGCAUGGUUAAUUUAAGGUAACAUUGUAUGUAUGUAUGUAUGUAUGUAUUGGAAGAAGGAAGGCUGCUCAUACAGCGUUAGCGUUGAUACUAUACGACAUAUGGCCUAAUAUGGUAUGUCGAUCCAAAGAUCCUAAUAAACCCGAGUGCGUGUGUUAUUAAAUAAGCACAUUGCUAUUAAACAGGUCAAAUCCAACAUUUUGUAAUUGUAAUUUGUAGCUACAUAUUGCAAGGAACUUAAUGUUCCUUGAUCAUUGCAUUAUAGUGUUUCUUGUGUAA